AUGCCUCACUACUCUGAAAAAGACAUCUUCCCCAUGCAAGGCGGGUGCCCCUGCGGCCAUAUCCGCUACCAAAUCAACCAGCCGCCCCUUCUCGUCCACUGCUGCCACUGCACCUCGUGCCAGCGCGAGCUGGGCAGCGCCUUUGCCAUCAACGCCAUCAUUGAAAGAGACGAGCUCAAGCUUCUCCCGUCUGCGAAGCCCACCAUCCCAGGCUCAAAGGGAGCUCCAGGAGGCGCCUUUGCCAGUUUCAACGAGACCUUUGCGCGGCUGACGCUCUCGGACACCAGGUGCGGUCCCGUCACGGCGAAAUCCGAUGCUGUGACUGAGCCUACUGAGUCCAAACCCGAGGACACCAAGGACAAGCCGGACCCCAAGGUCGAGCUCAUCACCUUCCCGACCGAGUCCACCAUUGGCAUCACCAUUGCCCAGUGUCCUGUCUGCCAUACCGGCCUGUGGACGCACUAUGCCGACGCGGGACCGCACACCAUCUACCUCAGAGGGGGAACGCUGGACGCAGCGCACGAGAUUGAUCCAGAUGUUCACAUCUUUACGCGCUCCAAGAGGGACUUUGUGACGCUGGGAGACGACAAACCCCAGUUUGAGUGGUACUACAAGGACAGGAAUGAGUUUAUCCGCGAGGACUGCAAGGCGCGGUAUGCCAAGUUGAAGGAGAAGAGCGGGGACUACAUGGUUGAGCUGAGGGCCGCGUUGGGAAAGUAA